AUGGACCGUUCCGAGCCGCGCCCGAGCCGGCCCUCCGCCCACCUCCAAGCCCAACCGCACGAUGCCGCGCCCGCCAUCUGCCGAAUAUGUCGAGGCGAGGGCACCACCGCCGAACCUCUCUUCUACCCCUGCAAAUGCAGCGGGAGCAUCAAGUUCGUCCAUCAGGACUGCUUGAUGGAGUGGCUGUCGCAUUCACAAAAGAAAUACUGCGAACUCUGCAAGACGUCGUUCCGCUUCACCAAGCUCUACGCCCCCGACAUGCCAAAGUCGCUUCCCGUCCACGUCUUCCUUGAGCACAUGGCGAGAUAUCUGCUGCGGAACAUGCUCGUCUGGCUGCGCGCCUUCGUCUCCAUCAGCGUCUGGGUCUGCUGGCUGCCCUGGUUCAUGCGCGCCGUCUGGUCCUUCAUGUUCUGGAUCAGCGACGAGGGGCUCGGCGGCAGCUCCCUGCUUUCGAGGGCCAACACCGCUGUCGACACUUCUUCGUGGCUGUCGGCCGCCCUGGCCGACAUUGGCACCACGCCGACCACCCCGCUCCUCCCACAAACCACCACGUCCGCCGCCGAGGCCGCCAUCAUUCUCCAGGGCCUCGGCAGCGAGGACAUGUCCGAGUACCUCGUUCGCAUCCUUCUCGGCUCCUGGGGCAUGCCCGUCAAGUUCGGUCGGUCCGCCGUCGACGGGACCUUGGCCACAAACAGCUCCGCCCCCAGACCGUCUAAUGGCACCGCGCCGUCGUCUUCGUCACUCCUCGGGGAUGUCGGCUUUCUCAAGCAACUCACGCCCAGCCCGAUGCUCAACCGAACCAUUGUGAGCGUCCUCGAGGGGCAGAUCAUCACUGUCCUUGUCAUCGUCUGCUUCAUACUCGUCAUCCUCGUCAGAGACUACGUCGUGCAACAGCAGCCAGAAAUCAACCUGCGCGCCGCCUUCGACGACCCGGAGGGCGAGGACUUGGUGGAGGAACCCGUCGAACAGGAGAUCGGUGUGCGCGUGCUCAGAGAGGCGGGCGAGUCUGAAUCCGAGGGAGAAGCACCUGAAGACGACGCCGCCACCUACGAGGAAACAAGGGUUGUUGAGGAGCCCGAAGCUGGGCCUGCGCCAGCGCUGACAGAAACCGGAACACCUGCUGCCGAGCAAGAUCCAGAGAUUGCCUCCCAAGAGGCGGCGCAUCUGGGAGAUGAGCCUAGUGACAGACUUGUCAAUCGCGCGGCAUCCUCCGACGACGAUUCCGAUGAUCCUUCUAGUGUGAUCGAUUAUCUCCGCAUCUACCGUCGGGCGAGCGGCGACUCGGAGAGGAUCCUCCAGAUCGUCGAGGAGGAAGGCCUGGAGGACAAGCUCAGUUACUGGGUUGAUGUUACCCGCCGCUCCAUCACAAAGCGUGAGGACAUUGCUCGCGAAUUCUCCAUCAUCUUGAACCGGGAAGCCGGGCAUCGCACCAGGCCGGAUGCCGCCCAUCCCUCGGACCCAGGCAGCGACCCGAUAUCCUUCGAGGCGGACCGCCCAAGAGACGAGCCCAAAGGCAAAGAGAAGGCGUGGGAGCCCGUUUCCCCCAGCUCUACCCCAGGACCGCAGCCUGGGUCGGCAUCGAGACCUCGGGCAAUAUCAGAUGGCCCUCAGCUUCACUCCACGGUGAAUCCUCUGGGAAGCAACAAUUGGACGUUCGAAGGGUUGCCGUCCGACGACAGCGCCGAACUCGACGAGCCGAAAUUGCCAAGCCCACCUACUGAGAGAAGUUCGACGCCUUUGCUUGGAAACGGCGCGGCUACUGUUCCAUUCCACGGUGACUUAGUCGCUGACGAACACGAAUCACAUCACCACCACGAGCCCUCAGACGAAGAUGAUGAACUAGUUCAGCACUGGGAACCAGCGCAACCGGCCGACGAUAUUCCCGCUCAACCCGAGAGACAACACGUUGGGCUGGGAGACAGGGUCGCAAACUUCAUGUGGGGGAAUCUCGAUGACCAGCACAAUGCUCAGGAGGCAGACGACCACGCCGACGACGACGGCUGGGUCGACGUUCCUGUAGACGAGGACCAGGACGACAACGUCGAUGCCGAUGCCGACGUUGGAGAGGUGGACGGCGCCGCUCCUGGCGGUGGUCUAGACCCCGAGGCCAUCGAAGACAUGGAAGACUUUGAGGGCGUCAUGGAGCUCAUCGGCAUGCGUGGCCCCAUCGCCGGCCUCUUCCAGAACGCCAUCUUCUGCGCCGUCCUCGUGUCCGUCACCAUAUUUGCCUGCAUAUUCAUCCCGUACAACAUCGGACGGCUGUCUGUGUGGGUCGUGGCGAAUCCGAUACAGUUGCUGCGCAUGCUCCUUGAGUUCUCCAAGGUGGUGCAGGACGCCAGUGUCAUGGUCGGCGGCCUGGGCUCCUGGUGUGCGCUCAACUUUGUGGACAUGUUUACUGGCAUCGUUGGCGGCGCCGUCGGGGCAAAUAUAGUGAGCGCGCGAAAGGCCUCCUGGGGCCUCUGGACCGCCGCGGGCAAGAGAGUCAUGGAAUACGCCUUGCUGGAGUUUCCCAUGUCGGCCACCGAGAUGCAAAACUUCUCGGCCAUCAGCCAUGAGGCCUUGAACUCUGUCAAGGCCAGCAUCGUUUCCGCCUUUGGCAGUGUCAACGCCCUCACCUCGGCUUGCGCGAGCCUGACUGACGGCAAGUUCAUGGCUGCGACGGCGGCUGCUGCGAGCUCGGCGGCGGCUAGCGCCAGAGCCGUCGCCGCGAUACUCGUCGACCCCAGCUCGUGGGUCAUUGAUCUGAGUGGAAGUGAGGUGCGCCCUCCUGUCGACCCUGCUCUGGCGCACUGGUCUGGGUUGGACCGCUUCUGGGCCAUCCUGGCAGGAUACGUCGCCAUCUUUGCCGUCGGGGCCAUGUACUUGAAGAGAGGCACGCCAUUCUCUCGCGGCAACAUGCUGCAGGCUUGGGAGGCAGGCGUGAUCGAUACGCUACACCAGGCCAGCGGCAUCAUGAAGGUCAUUCUCAUCAUCAGCAUCGAGAUGCUUGUGUUUCCCCUCUACUGCGGUCUCCUGCUCGACAUUGCCUUGCUGCCGCUCUUUGAAGACACGACGGUUCGGUCGCGGGUUCUCUUCACGUACAACUACCCUCUGACGUCCGUCUUCGUGCACUGGUUCGUUGGCACCGGAUACAUGUUUCACUUUGCGCUAUUUGUAUCCAUGUGCCGCAAGAUAAUGCGACCAGGCGUGUUAUACUUCAUCAGAGACCCCGAUGACCCCGAAUUCCACCCGGUACGCGACGUGCUCGAGCGCAACCUCGCCACGCAGCUUAGGAAGAUUCUCUUUUCGGCGUUUGUGUACGGUGCGCUUGUCAUCGUUUGCCUCGGCGGAGUGGUCUGGGGGCUGUCGUACUCGGCACCCGGCGUCCUGCCCAUCCACUACUCGUCCAACGAGCCCGUUCUCGAGUUUCCCGUCGACCUCUUGUUUUACAACUUCCUCAUGCCCCUGGCGGUCAAGGUGUUCAAGCCGGGCGAUGGCCUACACAUCAUGUACACGUGGUGGUUCCGCAAGUGUGCACGCGGCUUACGUCUGACCUACUUCCUCUUUGGCGAACGGCGAAUCGACGAAGAGGGCGAUCUGCAGCUGCCCGCCGAUUCACCAGACGCCAAAUCUCGGUAUAAGUCGCUGCUGCUCGAGCUAGACGAACACAAUCGCGUCAUCCCGAAAACGUGGCGUGACACCUUUGAGGGUGGUCGCGCGAGGCCAAACACCGCCAUAUCAAGCCGCGAGGAGCGCAUCAUGAGACGCAGGAAGCUCCACCUCGUCACGUCAGGCCAGCUUGUCAAGAGCGGUCGUUUUGUCCGAGCGCCGGCGUCAGAUAGAGUCAAGAUCCCGAAGGGCAAGAAAGUGUUCUUGACAGUGUCGGAGACUGGGCGCCGCCGCGACGGGAACGCCGACGACGACAUCUACUCAUCCAACCAAUACCAGAUGGUCUACGUGCCUCCCAACUUCCGGACACGCGUCUUCCUCUUCAUCCUAUUUAUCUGGCUCUUCGCCGCGGUCACGGGCGUGGGCAUCACGGUCCUCCCGCUCAUGUUUGGGAGAGCAAUGUUCAAGACGCUCAUUCCAGAAGGCAUCCGAACGAACGACGUUUACGCCUUCAGCAUCGGCAUCUACGUCCUUGGCAACGCGGCCUACGGCAUUUUCCGCGCCCGCACCGUUGGUACCAAGGCCCGCAAAUGGGCUCACGAUGUUUGGGCCGAGCUGGUGGGACAUGACGCUGCUAGGCGCAUAUUCUCGAGCCUCGUACGUGCCGCGAAGCUUUUUUAUGCGCACUUCUUCCUCUUAAUUGCGUUUCCCCUCCUCUUCUCGACGCUCAUGGAGUUGUACGUGUCCAUCCCGCUGCACACGUACAUGAACCCUCCAGCGGGCUCGGCAGGCAAAGCGAGCGCAGGCGCCGACCGCCAUACGGUCCGCAUCAUCCAGGCCUGGACACUGGGCGUCUUGUACCUGAAUCUCGGGACGAGGAUGCUCACCUCCGUCUUCCCCAAUAGCCGUGCAGCCAUGGCCGUGCGAAGCGUUCUGCGCCGAGGAUGGCUGCGACCCGACAUUGCACUUUUGACGAGGGCGUUCGUUGUUCCGGGCAUAGCCAUCGCUUUGGCGGCCAUACUUGGUCCUCCGCUCAUGGCGAGCCUCCUCAUCAAGGCAAACGUCCUGAGCAACAAGACGGGGGCAGACGGAGCAGGGGCGGCCCUGGUGUACCGAUACUCGUAUCCCGCAGCGGCGCUGGCUGCUCUUGCGGUUAGGCACGCCGUGGGCAUGGCGGGAGUGUUCAAGGGCUGGAAGGUUGGGAUCCGCGACGAGGCAUACUUGAUCGGCGAGCGGCUGCACAACUUUGGCGCCGCGACCGCGGGGGCUCGGAAAGGCAAGAAAGCAUGGGCGAACGGGCGUCCGCGACUGUGA